AUGAGUGUCUCCAAGCUCACAGAAUUCGGCACCCGCCAUGUUGCGAGGGGAAUUGGUCGACUGGCAACUGAGGUCAUUGAGAGCGGUUCCGGCUCCUACGUGACCAUGGCCAGCGGCCGCAAGAUGCUCGACUUCACAUGCGGCAUCGGCGUCGCCAAUCUGGGCCAUUGUCAUCCCGCCGUAACCAAGGCCGCUCAAACACAAGUCGGCAAAAUGGUGCAUGCACAGGUCAACAUCGCAUUUCAAAAACCAUAUCUCGAGCUCAUAGAAUCACUUUUACCAGUCAUGCCACACAAGUCACUGGACACGUUCUUCUUCUGGAACUCGGGCUCUGAAGCAGUUGAAGCAGCCGUCAAGCUCGCCAGACAUGCCACCAAGAAACCCAACAUCAUCGUCAUGCAAGGCUCGUAUCACGGCCGGACAUUCGGCACCAUGGCCAUGACGCGGUCCAAAACCAUCUACGGCGAGAAUUACUCCCCUCUGAUGCCCGGUGUCUUCUCCGUUCCAUUCCCCUACUGCGCACAGUGCUCCAUUUCGAAGCACUCCAAUGGCAAAUUUAACUACGAAAACUGCUGUAUGGAUCCCGUCGAUCAGCUCGAACUCCUUUUGAAGCGCGAGACUGCCCCGUCAGACACAGCAGCCAUCUUUAUUGAACCUCUUCUCGGCGAAGGUGGAUACGUCCCCCCUCCAGCAGGUUAUUUCCAACGUAUCCGCGAGAUCUGCGACAAGAACAAUAUCCUCCUUGUCGCCGACGAAGUACAGUCCGGUUUCGGCCGCACCGGCAAGAUGUUUGCCAUCGAGCACUUCGACGUCCGACCAGACAUCCUGGUCAUGGCCAAAGGCAUCGCAAACGGAUUCCCGCUGUCAGGUAUCGUCUCCAGAAAGGAAUUGAUGGACACCCAGAAGCCCGGCUCAAUGGGUGGCACGUACGCCGGUAACGCUGUCUCCUGUGCAGCAGGUAUUGCUGUCGCGCAGGCUUUCAAGGACGAAAAGAUUCUGGACAACGUCAACACUCGAGGCAAGGAGAUGAUGGAUAUGCUGAAGAAAGCCAAGUCUGACUUUCCCGAUAUGGUCUACGAUGUCCGAGGACUGGGCUUGAUGUUGGCGUGUGAGUUUGUGGGCGGCAAGAGCUUCGCGUCAAAGGUCCAGGCCAAGUGCAUGGAAAAAGACAUGCUCAUUCUCACGACCUCAAUCUACGAUACCCUGCGGUUCAUUCCUCCUUUGAACAUUACCAAGGAAGACAUGGCCAAGGGUUGCGGCAUCAUUCGCGAGGCGAUCGAGGAGGUUGCAGCAGGAGAGGACCCCCAAGAGACGAAGACCAAAGGACAAGCGCCAGAGUAGAGUUCUGAAAGAUUCAUGCUGAAUUUUGUUUGGUGCUUCUGCUGGGGAUUUAUUGGGGCGACUGCAACAAACCUGUACUUGAUUCCCUACAUGUGAG